AUGGGAAGCAAUUGUGCAACGUGUUAGAAUUGUUAGAAAAAAGAAGAAGUUCUCAUUAGCCAAGAGGAAUAACAAUCAUCUAGAUAAAUGAAUGAAUAUUCAUAAUAACCAAAUGAAGAAGAUGAUGAUGAUGAUCGUAUAUCUUAUAACAUAAUCAUUUAGAUCUUGAAGAUAAGAACUUAGAUGCUUCUAGCCAAAUUGUACAAAAAUAUUUGAACUUGGAUUUAAAUCAAAAAAAAGAAGUUGUUCCAAUUCAAUCAGUUCCAGCUUAACUUGUAGAAAUUCCUUAAGCAUAAAUUGUUAUGACAAAUGGUAAAUUGAAUUUCUACAUCAUUAGAAUCAAACUAAGAUAGUAAAAAACGAAAAAAUGAGAUGAUGUUAAGAAAUUAAGAAGACAUGCAUGAAACUCACAUAAGCAAAUCUGAAAAUUCUGUUAGAGAAAGGAGACCUCGACAUAUAUUUAAGGUAUUGAGGUUCUUACAUAAAAAUAUUAGAGUGGAGCUUAUUAUGAUGGAGAAUGGAUUGGUUAAAGUAGAGAUGGUUAUGGUAUUUAAAUUUGGAGUGAUGGAGCUAAAUAUGAAGGGGAAUGGAAGAAUAAUAGAGCUAAUGGCAGAGGUAAAUUUUGGCAUAUAGAUGGUGAUUUCUUUGAUGGAGAAUGGAAGGAUGAUAAGGCAUGUGGAAAAGGUGUUUAUACUCAUUUAAAUGGUGCAAAAUAUGAAGGUGAUUGGAUAGAUGAUCUAUAACAUGGAUUUGGUGUAGAGAUAUGGGCUGAUAAUGCAAAAUUUGAAGGAUAAUAUUAGAAUGGAAAAAAAGAAGGAUUUGGAAAAUACUUUUGGGCAGAUGGUUCUUCUUAUAUUGGGAAUUGGAGUGAAAAUAAGUUAUGUGGAUUUGGUGUAUAUACAUGGCCUGAUGGAAGAGUAUCUAUAUAACUUAUUUAAGAAAUAUUUAGGACAAUGGGCCAAUAAUUAAAUGAAUGGAAGAGGUAUUUACUUAUGGAAAGAUGGUAGAAAAUAUGAGGGUUGUUAUUUAAAUGAUAAAAAACAUGGCUAUGGAAUUUAUAUAUGGCCUGAUGGAAGGGUAUAUUUAGUAUUUUAUUCUAGAAAUAUGAGGGAUAUUGGAAUAAUGGAAAAUAAUCUGGAAAAGGUAGAUAUGUACUAUAAAAUGGAAGGAGUUAAUUGGGACUUUGGGAAGAUGGGAAAAGAAUUAAAUGGCUUGACUAAUCAGAAUAAAAUAUUGAUAUAAGUCCUAAAGAUUGGAAUUAAUAUGUAUAACCAUCUUUGGUUUAAUGA